AUGGAUCCCCUUAAGCAAGGUGUUGAUGUAGUUGCUGGUACUCCUGGUCGGGUUAUAGAUUUGAUUAAGAGGGGUUCUUUGAGUUUAUUAGAGGUUCAGUUUGUGGUUCUAGAUGAAGCUGAUCAGAUGUUUAACGUGGGAUUCAUGGAUGAUGUUGAGACAAUCCAGGGAUAUAUGUCGCAAAAGCAUAAGACCAUCAUGAUUUUAGCUACAAUGUUGAAUUCGAUAAUAAAACUUACACAAAAGUUCUUCAAAAAUCCAGUUAAUGUUGACCUUGCGGGAGAUUUUAUUCAAAUUUCACUAUUUGCAAUUUCAUCAGAAAUGCGAGAGAAACCAGCUAUAAUUGGAACUCUUAUAACUGAGCAUGCAAAAGUAGGUAAAUGUAUUGUUUUUACCAAAACAAAGUGUAAUGCUGAUCAGUUGGCAUCUGCUAGGCAAAGACACUUUAGUUCUGAAGCCUUACAUGGUGAUAUCUCUCAAAAAGAAAUGAAAAGAACUCUCUCUGGGGUUCGAGAUGGACCAUUCAAUAUGUUAGUAGCUACUGAUGAUGAUUAG